AUGAAAAUUCGAAUUAUUCAUAUGUUGGUCGUUUUACUUCAACUGAUAACAUGCGUGAAUUUAAUGGCUACAAACGUGUCAAAAGAAGUACGAGACGAGGAAGAAGUAAACCGUGUAUUGGAAAUGUUAGACAUUGCAGAAGCGAAAGUAAAAGGCUACUUGAAAUCUCUUACUAGAGCUGCACUUCCUUACAUGAUAAGAAUUACCGAAGAAACGAAUGUAUCUUCGUCCUGCAUCGAUGCUGGCAGUUUGUUCCUCAGAGACUUCAGACUUAUGAAACCAUGGACUAUAAAAUUAAUAGAUUCUUUUGGAAAACUACCAGCAGGUGUGUUAGGGAUGACACAAUGGAUACAAGGAGACUACGAUCAGUGUUUGAGCAUAGAAAUUCCCCAAAAUAAAAGGAAUAUUACUAAUAGAGAAAAGCAGCAGAAACCGGUAAAGCUUGGUGACGUCUUCAAAAAUGUAGCCGAAAUGAAGACGGGUAUACGAUUAGAUGUGUGCAUUCCUAAUACAUGCAGUGAUAACGACUUGAAAAGUAUUGGAAACUGGAUUUCAUUUGAUCUGCAACAAUUGUGUUCAUUAUUUAUCACCGAAUUACAAAAAUAA